AUGGAAGAAAUUGAAUAUAUUACUUUAAUUGAAUGGUUUUGUCAUCAAUUUUACUACAAUGGCAUGUUACAUUAUUGCAAAGAAGCAUGUGAUGUGUAUCCAACAAACAAAUAUUUAAAAAUUCUUUUAAGUUUAGCAUACAUUUUAACUGGAAAAGUUCAAGAAGCAAUCAAAGAAAGUUCAAGCCUAACAAAUGAUACAGAUACCAUGUUAGCAGCAUUGCUACUUCAGAAUAUUGCAUAUAUGAAAAAUGAAACUGUUGAAAAAGCUAUUGUAAUACAGAUUGAAACAAGAAUCAGAGAUGAGAGACGAAAAUCAUCUUCGAAUGCGCUGUCGUUAGCAGCUUUAGUAUUAUUCCUGUCUCAAAAAAUUGAUAAAGCGAAAGAUUACGUGGAGAGGGCUUACAAGCUUGAUUUGUCAAAUAAAAACGUUUUAUUGACAAAAGGAUGGAUAGAUUUGUUUAUUGUAAAUGAAAAUAAUUCGAGCGAGCCAAGUUUGUUUGAAGUUGUUCUGGAACAAGAUCCAAAAAAUGUAAAUGCUUUGCUUGGAUCUGCAAAAUACAAGCAACAACAUGGUGAUUAUGCAGAAGCAAUGUUAACAUUGAAUUCAUUAAUCGUACGUUAUCCUAAAUUAUGUUUACCUUUGAUUGAAAAAUUAUAUAAUCAACUUGCAUUGAAAGAUUGGGAUCAAGUUCUGGAAACUGCGAACAGAAUACUUUCAAUUGAUUCUAAUAACUUGGAUGCGAUAAAAGCAUAUUUAUUUAUUAAUCUUUGCAAAGAUGGAAACUACAAGGAAGGACUAAAGCAUUUACAGUCAUUCUUUAGAAAUAUAAUUGUUACAGAAACAAAGAAUGUUGCAGUUUUGGUGAACAAUAUGCAAUUAUUUUCGAGAAUAGCUUGUAAAAAUCAAGGGAUUUUAGCAGAACUUUCUAAAACCAUUGAGAAGAUAUUACAACAGAAUUCAAAAAGUGCAGAUCUUAUGGUAGAAUUAGGAAACUUAUACGUUUCGUUAGGUAAAAUAAAAGAUGCGGAAUAUUGGUACAGAAGCGCUGUUCGAAUAAAUGAAUCUUCGUUUGCUGCUCUAAUGGGAUUAGCACAUUGUCAGCUUCUAGAUACUUCAAUUGAUGCCUUAGAUUUGGCUCAACAGCAGAUAGAAUUUUUAAUGGAAAUGCAAUCAAAUUCUGUGGAUGCAGAAUUGUUUUUCAUGUCAGCCAAAUUGAAUUCUAAUGAUUCCACUAAAGCCUUAAAUUAUUUAAACAAAGCAGCGACUAUCAUAUUAAAUAAUUGUAAAUAUGUACCAUAUGGUUAUGAAUAUAUGAAAAAAUUAAAUCCCGAUUUAUGUUUAGAAAUUUCUAGACAACGUUUAGUUUACUCUAUAACAAAUGAUGCAACAAAUUCUGAGGAAAAGGUAUCCAAUUACGAAGAACCAAGUUUAUAUUUAUUGGAACAAUUAUCAGAAGCAUAUCCUGGUUUAAGUGUAGCACAAUUAUUACUGAGUAAAGCUAAAAUGCAGAGUGGAGACUUAGAAGAUGCUUUGUGCAUAGUAAAAAAUCUUUUAGACAAUGUUGAUUCAUCCGAUGCAAAAGCUCAUUUACUAAUGGCUCAGAUUUUAGCACGUCAAAGGAAUUACCAGACUGCUUCACAAAGUCUUGAAGUUGGUUUAAGUUACAAUUUUAAAAUUAGAGAUAAUCCAAUUUAUCAUUUAAUCAGUGGUAGUAUUCAAAAAGAAUCAAAUGAUAUAGAAGCUGCGAUAAACAGUUUCCAAACAGCUAUGUCAUAUGCAGGGAUGCAAUCACAUAAAAGUACUCUAGAAACCUUAGAUAUUUCAAUAUCUGACAUGGCAACUUUGUACCUUGAAUUAAUUUCUGCUUAUGGAAAAAUAGGACAAUUUAAUGAAGCAUUAGCUGUAGUACAGGAUGCAAAGGUAAAACUUGAAAAUACUACAGAGGAAGGUAGAAUAUUAAUAGGCAAUGCUGAGCUACUUUUAGAAAUGGGGGAAUUGGAUGGUGCCAUUGACUGUUUAUCUAAAGUUACUUCAGAUCAACCUUAUUAUUUGCAAGCGCACACGCGUUUAGCUGAAAUAAAUUUGAAAUACAAAAAAGAUCGUCUUGCGUUUGCUAUAUGUUUCAGAGAGUUAGUCGAACACUGUCCUGGGUCUAAGACAUACAGUAUGCUUGGAGAUGCAUAUAUAUCUAUACAAGAGCCAGAAAGAGCAAUAGAAGCAUAUGAGCAAGCUUUAAAACAGAAUCCUACAAAUAAAGUACAUAUAGCAAGUAAUCUGGGAAUUGCACUCGUAAAAACACAUCAGUACACAAAAGCCAUUAAUUAUUACAGAGAUGUGAUGAAACAGGAAAAUUUUAAAAGCUUGAAAUUGGAUCUUGCAAAAUUAUUCAUAAAAAUGAAACAGUACGAUAAAGCGGAAGCUACAUUGAUCCAAGAGCUACAAGACGGGCGACGUGAUUCAGAUUUAAAAAGCUUAGAAGUGCGUAGUCAGCUUUUGUUACUACUCGCUAAAACUCGAGAAAAAGCAGAUAAUAUUCAAGGUGCUUUAUCAGCAUUGAAGGAAGCUAAGGAAAAUCAGCAUAGGUAUAUGCAACGUUUGGCAGGUUCCAGUUUAGAAGAAGAAAAACAACUUCUAGCUAAUAUCUGUUUAACAAUGGCUGAUCACUCAUCCUCUUUAAGAGACUAUGAUCAAGCUAUUAUAUACUACAAAGAAGCAUUGAAUCAUAAGCCUGUAAACGUAAAUGCUUUGUUAUCUUUAGCAAAGCUUUACAUGCAGACAAACAACCUGGAUCGAUGUACUCAAAGUUGCACAGCUCUCUUGAAUGCAGAUCCAAAUAACGAAGCUGCUUCAAUAAUGAUGGCAGACCUUGCAUUUAGAAAAAUUGACUUUGAUGCGGCAGCGUUUCAUUUUCGACAACUAUUGUUGAAGCAACCAACUUAUUGGACCGCGUUAGCAAGGUUGAUAGAAGUUUCUCGCAGAACAGGAGAUAUGGAUGACCUUCAAGAAUGGCUUCAUAGAGCAGAACUAGGAGUGAGUGGUGCAAAGUUAACUGCUGGUUAUUAUUAUUGCGCGGGCUUGUUGGAUUGGCGUAUGGGUCGGUUAAAUUCCGCGCUUCGUCAGUUUAAUUUCGCGAGACGCGAUCUUGAGUGGGGUCAACAAGCAAUAUAUAAUAUGAUCGAGAUCUGUUUAGAUCCGGAUGAUGACUCUUCUCUCUCAAAUGAGGUUUUUAAUGACGAUGAUAGUGAAUAUCAAAAUUCUAGAACGAUGGCUCUGAAAACAGCCUAUCGUCUACUGCAGGAACUAAAUCCUAAAGGUAGCCCACAUGAAAUGUUGACGCAUAGAUUGUUAAGUAAUUUUUUCCUGCUUGCUACAAAGCAAAAAUCCAAUGUAGAAAAAGCAUUGCAGGAUUGCACAGCAUUAGCUAGUCAAGAGGCAUUAAGGGAUCACGUUGGACCCGCUCUAGGCAUGGCAAUGGCUCAUAUUUUAUUGAAACAAACUCCUAGAGCUCGAAAUCAUUUAAAACGCGUUAGCAAGAAUACCUGGACCUUCGAAGAUGCCGAGUAUCUUGAACGAUGUUGGUUACUUUUAGCGGAUAUUUAUGUACAAUCUAACAAAUAUGAUUUGGCGAAUGAUCUCCUAAGACGUGUUCUGCAACACAAUGCUACCUGUGUUAGAGCUCAUGAGCUAUCAGGAUACAUUGCAGAAAAAGAUCAAAAUUAUCGUGAAGCUGCAUCACAGUAUAGUCAAGCGUGGAAAUAUGGAGGAAAAUCAAAAUUAUCUGUUGCCUAUAAAUUGGCCUAUUGUUCGAUGAAAGCUAAAGCCUAUGCAGAAGGGAUAGAAGCUUGUAACGAAGUUUUGAAACAGAGUCCGGAUUAUCCGCGUAUAAAAAAAGAAAUUUUGGAAAAGUGUAUCAAUAAUUUACGCACAUAA